AGGGUGCUGCUCUUACUGCAGACUUUGGAUGUGUUGAUGCCUCAGCAGGAAAUCAUCGUUAACUUUAAUAAAACAAUGAAUGUGAAAUUUGCCACACAAAGUAAAUUGUGCGGAAAUCAAAAAGGAGGUUCCAGACUUGGCCCUGAUUCAGGUCACUGAUGGGUCUGGCAGAUGUUGCCUGGAGGUUGCCAGGUGUGGAUGAUCAGGAAGGCUCUUUCCACUGCUAUUUACAUGAAAUUGGCUGCAUCUCGGCCAGGCUGCUCCGGAAUAAAUGUCCUGGGCCGCCUCUCCGGGGAGUGCUGCCAGGCCCCGGGGCUUGGUUGGCCGUAGGGGCUCUGUUUGUGGGUAUGAGCUGCUCCAGGAUUCCUGUUCUGCUUGUCACCGGGCACUGGAGAUUCCCAGGCUGUGAAUCCAGCCUGUUUUACGAGCGUGUAAUUAUCAUCUUAGGAUAAUACGAGGAAAGGCAGAAGCUCCUCACGGAGAUGUUUGAUCUCCCAUGCAUUUGCAGAGCAUUUGAAUACUCUGAAUUAGAUAAUUUCCGUAUACAGCAUGAAAAAGAUGCUCAGUGCUUGGAAUUGAAGCCUUUCUUGAACUCGAAACCAUCUUUUUUAGGGCGAAUCGUGUGGGUGUAGUUGUCUUGCCAUGCAGUUCUUGCAGGUGGGUGGUUUCCUUCGUUCAGGGCUUCAUGGCACUGAGUGCUCUGGGUGCUCCUGGGCCUUCUGUGGGUGCUCACAAACCCUGAGCCUCGGCCCUGCCAUCAGCCAUGGUGCUGUUAGUCUGAAGUAGGUUAAUGGUGAGCUCUGCCAGCAAGGUGCAUUACAUAACUGCGUAAUUAACGUUCAGGACUCAUCUGUCUGUUUACACUGGGUGCUGCAGGGGACAUUGGUUCCUUUCUGUGCUCCUGCUCUCUGCUUGUGGCAUAUUUGAGUUCCUGUGGCUUUUGGCCUUCCAUGGCUGAGUUUGUCCUCGGGUACUGGGAGUGUUCUGGGGUGUGUGUAAAGGACAGUACGGAUUUUUUUUCUUGUACACCCUCUGGACUAAAUGUUUGUGAUUUUGCUGCGGACCGCUCUCCCAAAAGACCCGGGGUCCCGAGGCAGCCCUUUCGGUUGGCGAGUUCUUAGACUACCGUGCAGAUGUUUGCUCGUAGAGACUUGAGGUUUCCCUGGCUUGGGGUCAUUUUGCAAGUAAAUGUCUUCAUUCUCAUUGCUGCAUUGCAGCUGGGAGCAAACCCACUCCUUGCUCAGUGGGGGGUGCUGAUGUGCAGAGCAAUGUGUUCGUGAUGUGCUCUUCUGCUCUGCAUCGUUUGCUCUCUGCUGCCAUGGGGUCAGCGUGAGACUAUCUCAGUCCUGAGUGUGAUGGUGGUAUGUUUUAUAUGACUGUGUUUUGUACCUGGGGACCUGGUUUUGCACCUGUACUCUUCUUUUAUGUCAGAUUCAGAAUAGGAUAUAUAUAUAUAUAUAUAUAUUCCCUUCACUUGACCUCCUCAGUCACAAAGUGUACAACCUAACCUGGAAGAAGCGUGCAUCUGCAGCCCGCUUAGUGCCUGGCUUCUCUUCUGCGCCUUGAAAGGAGGGAAGGCUGUGGUAUGUCCAGUGGGAAACACAGCAGCUAAUUUUAAGCUCUAGACAUCUGCCCAAUGUAAACUGUAUUGAGAUCACCCAACUUAUUUUACCCAGGCAGCUGAGUAACAUCUGACAGCUGAGAAUCUCGUCUGGAAUCCAACAGGGAAGCUGCGGGAUGGAGGCACCAUGUGCUAUUAAGGAAAAAUCUCUGCGAGAAUUGCUCAGAGGAGCCAGCUGUGCUCUUUGGGUUGGAGGAGAUGGGGGGCUGAUGGGUUUUGGGGGCUCUGGACGCCUCGUAGGCAGAAGCUGGCCCAGUUAAAAUUCCCAUUCCCUGAGAUUUUGUGGUUUCAGACAGUGCCCUGGUGACCGUGGGGUACUUGUGUUUUCUGACAGGGAUUUCGGAGCGUCCCUUAAAUCCUACAAUUUUUUGUCAGUGUGUUGUAAUGGAGGCAGGAGGUGAAGUACGAGUGGUGGUCAUGAGCUGAGUGGUGGUGAGGCCGCCGCCUGCUCACGUGCUGGGUGUCUGCAGCUCUGAGGGCACGUACCUGUGUGCACAGAACGUUGGAGCUGGAGCGGGGCCGUGCCAGCGCAGCCAGACCUGAGAGGUGCUUUCUGCACAGGUUCUGAUGGCUUGGGAAGGUGAGGUGUGCUGGAAGGCAGGUCUGCACGUUCCUUGCUGCAAGCUGCAGUAGGAGGGGGGAAGCUGCGAUCGGCGUUGUGUGGGGGCUGCCUGUGCCGGUGCUGGGGAGGAGGCAGGAGCUGUUAGCAGCCGUGGGAUUGUGUGGCAGGAGCGGGAUGGCUGUGCCUCAUCGCUCUGCUGCCUGGGGAGCGAGCAGGGCUGAGCUGUCAGCAGGGCACGGUGAGCAGGGGGGCCUUGGCAUGGCUGCGUCGCUGCUGGCGAGGGGCAGGAGGAUGCUGCUGCAGCAUCAGGAGCAUGUGGCUGCUGCCUGAACGUGGCAGGUCUUCCAGGAUGACGGGGGAAGAAUUAGAGGCCUUGACAUGUUAUGAAAGGGAAAAAAAAAAAAGACUAGCUUGCAGGGAGAGUUACUCCUAACAGCCUCCUCCUUGUGAGCCCUGGUUGCACGCACACAAUGAAAGACAAGCUUCUUCCCGAGGUCCUGGUGCAACUCUUCCCUGUCUUCUGUGUUGGCUGCAGUGAACCCUGAGGAGGCUCUGCCCGCUGGGAACAAAGCAGUCCAUUCAGCCUGCAUCAUAUUUUUAGCAAAGCAUGAUUCUUCUUCAGUUUCAAAAGUAGCAAGUGGGGAAUGCAGCCUACAUCAGUGCGAGAUGCAGAAUGAUCUCAUUCAGGCUGCAGCAUCUGUUUGGAUUGAAACAAUUACCAGUGAUACCAGGAGAUCUGCAUUUCUUCUUGUUAUAGCCAGAGACCGUGGUAAACAAGAACUGUUUCUCAGUGUGCUUUCUAUGUCAAUGGAGCACAACUGGGGAGAGAUGCUUCUGUUCUGUGUCUGGGACCUGAGACCCCGAGCCUUGCAUUUCCAGCAGCUGGCUUUGCCUUUGUGCUUUGGAGGAGAUUUUGGGUUUCCUUUCAUGAACUUUUUUCCAUCAUUAAGCUUUAAGUGGUGUGAGCAAUGGAAAUCCAUGUGUAUUUCCUUUCUGCUGCUGUUGGCUGAGGCACUGUGACUUGUUGGUACAUCGAUCUGCUUUAUGUUAAAGGCUCAAAAGGGAGACAGACCAAAAAAAGAGCAGAGAUGAGUAAUUCUUGUUCAUGCAUGUUCUCUAGCAUCUCACGGUGCUGUGCUUUGUGAAGGCUGGUUUGCCAUGUAUCUGCUUUCCUCCUUCCAUUGCCCAGCGCUUUCUGGCGGUGCCCGGUCCUGUGGGUGGCAGGUGACGCUGCUGAGGGUGCUGGGGCAGCUCGGGGUGAGUUCUGCAUUAGUGCUGUGCAUCCUUUCUUCACGCCAUACAACAAAGAGCUUCUGAGGGAGGUUCGUAAGCGGGAUCUGUGACUUAAUUUUCCAUUCGUUAUUACAGAAAUUGAAGUUGUGUUUAAGCUGCUUGCAGCCAAGGUAGUGCUGAAUUGCUAACUGUUCUCUUCCACUGCGUUACGAGCACGUGGUCUGUAACAGAGGAGGCUGCACUGGGGCCCAUUUGUAGUCCUACAAAGUCUGGGUCCCACCACCAGCGAUACAAAUCCACCCAGCAAGCGCAGAACCGCUGCCAGCCCUCGUGCCCCAGGGGAAGGAGCCCGGCGCUGUGCUGGCAGCCGUGCUGGGUGCACGUCAGCUUCUGGGAAGAGCAGGGCUGCUGAGUAAGCACCUUCCUGGAGCAGCGGUGGGAGAUGCCGGGCGAGUUCACAGAGCACGGGGUGAGCACUGGGUGCUGCUGAACCCCGCACGGCGAGCCCCGUGCUGCCCUGCUGCUCCUCCUGCCGGCUCAUCCUGCUGCUCCUCAGUGCGUGGAGACAUUGCUUGACUUCAGCAGAGUUACGGUAGGGCUGCGUCUGGUCCAUGGUCUGAGUGCCAUUGAUAGCAAAACUUCCAGUAUGCGCUGCUCGCUUUCACUUCUUGCUGUGGCCCCGGGGGCCCUCGCAGCAGCAGCACCCUGUGUCUAUUGUCUUGCCAGCUGGCAAAACUGUGGCGCUUCUGUGCAAACAACCCUUUGCAUGAGGCAGUUGUGUGGGAACGGCCAAUGGCAGGCCUGAAUGAGGUUACAAACAUGUUAACUUGUUUCAACACAUUUCCCUUUGUUCUCUCCCUGGGAGGCGGCUGGAGCUGCUCGUGCCCUGGUGCUGUCGGUCCUCGGGGGCUGGCAGCUUCGAACGGAGCGCAGCUCCUGGUGUAGAUAACCUUGUACUGCCCGUGCAGAAUGGAAGCUGCUCAGCCGUGGGAUCAGUUGAUGCAGCAGUGUUGUUCUGAACUUGUAUGGAGAAGCUGUGCAUAGAAAACCAUGCAGUUCUUCACCCUGUCCCCGUGUUCUCUGCACUGGCUUGGUUUUGUUUGCGCUGGAUUUCCUGUCAGUAGCUUUGCUGCAGUAAGCAGUGCAAAGACACCUUCGCCUCGGGACCCUUCUUUCAAGAAAAUGCUGAAGCCUGGCAUUCCAGAGCAGCCUGAAAGCAACCUGUGUCUGAGCCUGCAGUGCAGCUCUGCCCUGGCAGGCCGGACUGUCACCCAGCUAUUUCAGCCUCCUUGGCCUCUGCUCCAUGGCUUCAGCAAAGGCUACGUUCAGGGCAGCUGGCCGUCUGACAGUGAGGAGUAAGGCGACCCGUGAUGGUCAACUUCAACUGUACUACUCAUGAUAUACUCGUUUCCCCUGUGCAGAUGAUCUCUGUGGCUGGGCUGCUCUAGCAGAAGGACGCUAGCUGCUGGAGCUCGGGGAUGUGCUGGUUGUGUCCAGGGAGGGACACUGAGGACGGAGUCCAGCAGCCUUAGUUCAGAAGUGCUGGUCGUGCAGGCGCUGCGGGCAGCGGGCAGGCAGCAUCUGCUGCUCUGGCUCCAGCAGUGCAGGCUGAGAAGCAUGGUGCAGGUAUUGAGUGCUGUGUCUUAGAGAGGGCAGUGCCUCUUGUGAGUUGGCUGAGGAGAAGCAAGUGAAUGAUAUCACUGAGUUCAUCAGAACUGAAUUAAACUUCACAGCGCCGUGGCACGAGUUUCCUCUUGGACUGCUUAUAUAAAAUGGUGAAGGUAGACAAGAGGAGGUGGGGAAGGGUUUAAUUUCCUUUAGGGGAAACUUUUCUUUCAAGAGUUUAAAGGAUGCAGCUUUAAACCAUAUGUUGUAUGUUUUUAAAUGUCCUAAAUUGUCUCUGCAAAUGCUUGCUCUUGAGUGCGAGGACUAUUUCUGGACCUGUUGCCAAGGCAGUGCCACGCAAGCCUCAAGGAGAAGCGCCUCUAUUUCUCCUUGGUUUAGUUCUUUUGAGCAUAGAACUUGUUCCUGGCCCCGUUUCUCAGAGAUGUGGGACUGCUGCUGAAGGAUAGCACUCAGUUUCUUGACUUGAGUGGCUGCCGAGGUUGUGCAGCACUCCCGGGAGCAGAGUGUUUGACAGCCACGUACACUGAGACUUGCUCAGCUCCACAGGCAGCUGCGUGUGAGCUGGGAAGGCUGCUCCCAGGUGUUCAGUCUGCUGCUGUGCUCCUGGUGUUCAGCCCAGCUGGUCGUUUCCAUGUUCUUGGCCCUCAGGUGCUGGAUUGAGAGCCAGGCCCACACUGUGCUCUUUCCUCAUGGGCAACAACCACGCGGAAGAAGCAGAGUCUUUCAAGGAACAAGGAAACGCAUACUACGCCAAGAAAGAUUACAACGAAGCAUACAACUAUUACACAAAAGCCAUAGAUACCUGUCCUAACAAUGCCAGUUAUUAUGGUAACAGAGCUGCCACCCUCAUGAUGCUGGGGAGAUUCCGAGAAGCACUGGGAGAUGCUCAGCAGUCCGUCAGAUUGGAUGAUAGCUUUGUAAGGGGCCAUCUACGGGAAGGGAAGUGCCAUCUCUCCCUAGGGAAUGCCAUGGCUGCCAGCCGCUGCUUUCAACGAGUUCUAGAACUGGAUCAUAAGAACACUCAGGCACAGCAAGAGCUAAAGAAUGCCAGUACCGUGCUCGAGUAUGAAAAGAUAGCAGAAGUGGAUUUUGAGAAGCGAGAUUUCAGGAAGGUUGUGUUUUGCAUGGAUCGUGCUUUGGAGUUUGCUCCUGCCUGUCACCGAUUCAAAAUCCUCAAGGCUGAAUGCUUAGCGUUACUGGGUCGUUACCCAGAAGCACAGUCUGUAGCAAGUGACAUCUUACGAAUGGACUCGACAAACGCAGACGCUCUGUAUGUCCGUGGUCUCUGCCUUUACUAUGAAGACUGUAUUGAGAAGGCGGUGCAGUUCUUUGUCCAGGCACUCAGAAUGGCUCCUGAUCAUGAGAAAGCAUGUUUAGCCUGCCGUAAUGCCAAAGCACUUAAAGCAAAGAAGGAAGAUGGAAAUAAAGCAUUUAAAGAAGGAAACUACAAACUAGCAUAUGAACUGUACACAGAAGCACUAGGAAUAGAUCCUAAUAACAUAAAAACAAAUGCCAAACUCUACUGCAACCGGGGGACAGUUAAUUCAAAGCUUAGGAAACUUGAAGAAGCAAUAGAUGACUGCACGAAUGCAGUAAAACUGGAUGACACGUAUAUUAAAGCAUACUUGAGGAGAGCACAGUGUUACAUGGACACAGAGCAAUAUGAAGAUGCUGUAAGAGACUAUGAGAAAGUUUAUCAGACAGAAAAAACAAAAGAACACAAGCAACUUCUAAAGAAUGCACAGAUGGAACUGAAAAAAAGCAAACGGAAAGACUACUACAAAAUCCUCGGGGUUGACAAAAACGCCUCUGAAGAUGAGAUCAAGAAGGCCUACAGGAAAAGAGCACUAAUGCAUCAUCCAGACCGACACAGUGGGGCAAGUGCAGAAGUACAGAAGGAAGAGGAGAAGAAAUUUAAGGAGGUUGGUGAAGCCUUCACCAUCUUGUCAGAUCCCAAGAAGAAGGCUCGCUACGACAGCGGACAGGAUCUAGAAGAGGAUGGGUUGAACAUGGGAGACUUCGAUGCAAAUAAUAUAUUUAAGGCCUUCUUUGGUGGGCCGGGAGGCUUCAGUUUUGAAGCUUCUGGGCCUGGAAAUUUCUUUUUCCAGUUUGGCUAAACCUCACACACCUGGUCUGCUUAUUUUAGCCUUGAAUACGGACAUACUUAGACUCCUUCCUCCAUCAUGUCUCAUUGUACUUAGAGCAGUUUCAUUUCUCUCGGUUGGAGACCUCAGUUUGUGUGCUUUGUGUGUGAAGAGGAAACCAGCUCGGGGAAGGGAAGGCUUGUGAAUUUUGUUUUACUGUUAACUUUAUUAAAAAAGGAAAUAAUAAAGCUUUGAAUCUCUUGGUCCCUCCA